AUGGAUUACGCAUACAACAGGUCACGUGAAAAGCAUACUCGUCGAGAUAAGCCAGAUGAAUACAGUCAGAACAAGAAAAUGCUUUAUUAUUGCGUGACCUAUCAGCUCGGUUGGGUAAAUCAGAACUGCAUCGAUCCGAAGAUCACUGCUAAGCUGUACAGGAGCAACAGCAUCUGCGCGGAAUGCCAACCAGAAGCUCGGACACAUCGGCCUACGGCAACCUGUGCCUCGGAACUGAAGGACGGAGAAACCGGUUUCUGGAAAUUAAUUGGACCAAAAUCCUGUAAUGGCAUCUGGAAAAGGAUAUCCAGGACCGAUCACUGUCGAUGCGAAGUGAACUUCCCGAAGCAGGAUGCAUUUUUGCUUGUUUGA